AUGAGUUACUUUAUAACCAAUAAUCAAGGUAAAAAUCAGUAUGGGAGGCUUGAUGAAGUUCGAACCCAAUCAAGAAUAUAUCCCGCUUUUAGUUUAACAAUAGUGGGUUUUUGUGUCAUAUUUUUGUUACUAUUAGCAUGGAAUUUAAAUAACACAACAAAUCAGACAGUUAAUACUCGAGUAAUUUAUUUAAAUUCAAGACAUUUGCUUUUACGAACAGUAUCAAAUAAAUUCUUAUCAUUUGGUCUUGAUACAUCUUUACUUCGUGAUAUGAAAAACUUUCCAAUUAAGAGCAGUAAAUUCAUAAAUUUAGCUCGGCACCUUGCACCGGCUUAUGCACAAAUAAUUUCCGAGAAAAUAAUUAGCCCGGUGGAUGACGCUGACAUAAGUAAUUUUACAAUUAAUGACAUAGAUUUUGAGAAUAUAUAUAAUUUUGCAACAAAAGCAAAAUUGCGAAUGAUCUUUGAUAUAAAUGUAUUAAUCAGAACUGUAAAUGGUUCCUGGGAUGACACUAAUGCCAAAGAUAUAAUUUUAUUUGCUAAGAAUAAAAAUAUGAAAUUAGAUUGGCAACUAGGAAAUGAACCAAAUUCCUUCAAUCAUGUAUUUAAUAUAACUAUUACUGCAACUCAACUUGCAAAUGAUUAUUAUAAAUUGAGACAAUUGUUAAAUAAAAUGGGAUAUAGUGAAAGUAUUCUUGUGGGUCCAGAAGUAAACCAUGUAGGAGAUAUAAAACAUAUGGGAGAACAUUAUGCAGAAACAUUCUUACAAAAUAAUAAAAAUAGUGUAGACUAUGUUACAUGGCAUCAAUAUUACCUUAAUGGAAGGGAAACUAAACUAGAGGAUUUUAUAAAUGUUUCAACUUUUAAUCUUUUACCAAUGCAAAUUAAAUCUAUGAAUGAAGCAAUCCAAUUAUCAGGAAAACCUAUGUGGUUAUCAGAGACAAGUACAGCUUAUGGUGGAGGUGCUCCAAAACUGUCAGAUAGAUUUGUGGCUGGAUUUUUGUGGCUUGAUAAAUUGGGAUACAGUGCAACUGCAGGUGUAAAUGUUGUUACAAGGCAAUCAUUGUUGGGUGGAUAUUAUGCUAUGAUUGGGCCUGAUAUUAUGGCAAAUCCUGACUGGUGGAUUAGCGUAAUUUAUAAGCAGUUUGUCUCGGAAAAAGUUUUACAGCUAUCAUCUACAGACCGCAGCUCUCUUCGUUUUUAUGCACAUUGCACUCCUAAGAAUGCUUUAAUUGAUAAUAUUCCAGCAAUUACGAUAUAUGGUGUUAAUAUAGAUAAAUUAGCUAUUCCUAUCAUUAUUGAAGGAAUUCCUGUGUAUCAUAAAAAUGCUAAAGUAUACUUAUAUGCACUUACUUCUGACAGUUUACAAUCAAGAUCUAUACAACUAAAUGGAAAAAUAUUACAAUUGCUACCUAAUGGCAAUUUACCACCAUUUCAACCUAUAGUAUUAGAACCCACACAAUUAAUUACUUUACCACCUUACUCUAUGGUAUUUAUUGUGGUACAUGGUGCAAAAGUUCCCGUAUGUAAUGUAUAGAUAAUAUACAAUGAAUCCAAUUACACAGUUUUAUAUUAAACUUUUUUAUACAUUGAAAAUUUGUA